AUGAGAUCUGUUGCUUUGUUUAUCGUUUCUUAUACUAUCAUGUUUCUCGUUCUAAGAGGUGGCCGUAAAGUGGAGGCAGAGGAACUGUUUACAACAAUAGGAGACUUGGAUGGUAAAUGUAGCCAAGACGGAGAAAAGUUGUGCAUGAGAUACAUGACCGAUCAAAGUAAAAAGAAGUUUCUUAGUUGCACAUGUAAUAACGUUGUCAUGUUACACAACAAGUACAAACAUGACUGCGAAUGUAAAUCUCAUUGUACUCCAAAAUAA